AUGAAGGCAUUCGCUAUUCUUUGGGUGCUUUCCUUCGCUAUAAUUUUUAGAGAAACUACCUCGUCCGAAAUUACUUUCAAUGCUGCCAAACAGCCUUAUUAUAGAACACCAAAGUUCGGCUAUCUUAACUUCGUUCUUCACCCAAACAGUACACUAGAAGUGGAAAACAAACGCCGUCUUGUUGCUUGUGCCAGUAACAUGACUUGUUUCUCCAUCAACUUUGGAAAACAGCCCAUCUUCUUUUACGAUGGGAACCCUCAGUACCUCUGUGAGCUGUUAGCGACUGAUAAAUACAACUCUUCGUCCAAGUAUAAAAGCAAGAAUCCAGGAUUUGAUCACUACAGCAUCAGGUGUCUUCACGAUUUCACUUGCAUUCCUGACUACGAUAACGACACCUACGAAUGUUUGUGCCCAAGACCUGCUUACGAAGGCAAACAUUGCAAAGAUGUUAAUGAAUGCACCUCAGGACAUCAUGACUGCAGUGUGAACGCCACUUGUACCAACACCAUUGGCUCGUUUAACUGCACGUGCAAAAAUGGUUACCUUGGCAACGGCAGAAACUGUACAGAACAACCAACGACCGUUUCAGACCCAUGCCACAGCAAUCCUUGUUUAAAUGCCGGAACUUGCCAAGUUCAAAGACAAGAAUACACAUGUAUAUGUGCUGGUCAAACGACUGGAGCAAACUGUGAAAACGAAGCCGCUUCAGACCCAUGCCACAGCAGUCCUUGUUUAAAUGGUGGGACUUGCCAAGUUCAAGGACAAGAAUAUACAUGUAUAUGUGCUGGUCAAACGACAGGAGCAAACUGUGAAACUAGUGACAAAGUUUGCACUGGUAGUUGGACCUCCAAGCAAGGCAAUUGCUACCUUGUUAUUAACGAAUAUUUACCUUGGAACGACGCAGAAAGCCGUUGUGUGAGUGAGGGGGGACAUCUGGUUUCAAUACAUAGCGAAUCCGAAAACGAAGCGGUAGUUAAUUUAAUUGGAAUGGAAUUCUGGAUUGGAUUGAGUGAUACCGAAACAGAAGGCACUUAUAAAUGGACUGAUGGUACACAAUUUGACUUCAAUAAGUUUGAGAAGUCGUUAGCAGCUGGUAAGGGCUGUAUACUUGCGGAGGCAUCCACUGGUAAGUGGAAAAAAAUAGGCUGCACCAGUGGGUACAAACAGUUUAUCUGUAAGUAUUAGGACCAACUAAUCCUAAAUCUUAAAAAAAAUCAUUAAAACCCAAGAAUAACCUUAUUAUACAGUAUCUUGCUAUAAAUAUACGUCUCCUUUUUCCCCUUUAUACUAUAGUACGACAUUCUCGUUCCCAGACCUUACUCAUUAGCCAAAUCGUAGGCUUAUGGGAAACCCUGCAGAGCAGGAGCCAAAAACCUUGCGACCAGGUCGUCAAAGUGCUUGUCCAUCUCAGGACCGCUGACUAUAAAACGCCGGCUCAACCUUUCUAACGGCUUGUUUUAAGAGACUAUCGUCUAUUUGCAAUAGUUUUUUAUGUUCAACAAAUGGUUACUUACAAUAUGAGUUUCUCUUUGUAUUUUGUAUUAAUUUAAGGUCGCUGACUACUUUAGCAAAAAGUAAUUAGAAAACUCAGAAAGCUAUAUUUACAGUUUGACGAUGAUGGUGAUGAUGAUUAUAAUAAUUCGACUCACUCGAAUCGAGUAUUUUUACCUAACUUAGUCGCGUGAGUGUGGGCGACCAAACCAAAAAACUCGCGAUCGAUUCGACUUUCUGGAGUCGACUGAGUUAGGAGGGUAAAGAGGGUCUGUAUUCAGUCACUAUUAAAUGUGCAGCCUUGCGUAACAAUUAGUAUAAAAUGGGUAGAACACAAGGAUAGUUCCAUAAUCGGUGAAGCCAACUGUCGCACGAGGGGGUGUACCAUAUGAGGAAGGUAAUGCUGUGACUUAUUUUAAAUGAAGACACAGGGAAGUUUCUGACAUAUAACUUUUCUCGGCGUUCCUUUUUCUUUUCUUCCCACCCUCCUUUGACAAAUUAAGUAGCCAUCUGCUCCCUCUACUAUACGGACUCGUGUAUUUCCCAUAACUUACUAUUUACUCCGUUCUGGAGCAUUGUUGCACCUUGAAUAUAUUACUAUAGCUUAGUUGUAUUCUCUACUU